AUGAGCUACGAUGAUUCAAAGAGAGGAAACUAUUCAAAAAAGAGGGUUUUGCCGAUAGACCCUUUGGAAGUGACAGAAUCUUUGGGGUUUCAAACUUAUAGAAAAGGUGCUCGUAAGCCAUGGACCAAAGAGGAGGAUGCCGAGCUAUCCAAUUUGGUAUCGAAAGAGUUGGAGUAUGGUCGCGACUUGGAAUCAUUAGAUUGGGAUAGAAUUGCAGAAACAAUAUCGCCAGAUGGUUUGAGAAAGAGUAAAGACUGCAGGAAAAGAUGGAGUAACUCUUUGGACCCCGCUCUUCGUAAGGGGAAAUGGACUCCCGAAGAGGACGACUUGUUGGUAAAGGCAUUUGAAAAAUUUGGAUCUGCAUGGUUAAAGGUUGCGCAGGAGAUCAAGGGUAGGACGGAUGAUCAAUGUGCCAAGAGAUACGUAGAAAUUUUAGAUCCAAAGACAAAAGACCGGUUGAAACCAUGGACAGAGGAAGAGGAUCUUUUAUUGAUAAAACAAGUUAAACGUUAUGGGACCAAGUGGAGAACCAUAUGCAAUGCCUUCGAAAGUAGGCCAUCCUUGACAUGUAGAAAUCGAUGGAGAAAAUUGGUCACGGAGGUGGUGCGAGGGAAAGCGAGCUCCAAAAUAAAGGAAGAGGUGGAAAGCGUCACCAAUGGGAACUCUUCAAGUGUGUUAGAAACAUUGAAUCGACAACAAGAGGAACUCGUGAACAAUAGCAUGGAUUUUGAUGCGAGAGGGAGCAUAAAGAGACGGAAAACCAGUGUGGGAGUCACGCAUACGACUAAUUCACAGUUUUCUACAAAUCAAAAUAAGCUCAGUACCAAGUCGGAAAUAGAAUGGCUUUACUCAAUUGAGCAAAGUUCACAAGACCAUCUCCAUCUCAACGCACAAAGCAAAAAGCCUCAUGUUGGAGAAAUAAGUGAUCGUGAAACGGUUAGGCUUCUCGUCGAGUAUGCCAAGGCUCAUGGUGUCGGAAUUUCAUUGCACCAGCACAUUCAUCAUCAUUAUUCUCAGGGAUCUCAAAACCAGCACAAUGAGCUCACUUCUCCUGGGAGCUCAACGAGUGGGACUCAACUCCUUGAGCCAGAAGAGCAAAUAUCCCGCUUUCAACAUUUCAAUUACCUACCUCCAAUGACACAAAUACCCAAACUAAACUCAUCCACUGAUCAAAAGAGCAGCAAUGACACAACACAGCAUUAUCAUCAUCAUCACCACCAUCAUCACCAUACAGAGAGUGCCAAAGAGAAGCGAUCAAUCCAAAGAAACAAUUCGCAUCGAGAGGGUUUUACCGGUGAUAAUGACUUAGUGAAGGAGUCGAAUCUUCAGAGGUUGUUGAAUGCUGAUGAAUUCAGCGGGGGCCACAUGGGAUCAAACCCAGCCCUAAAUUCAAACCCAAACCCAAACCCAAACCCAAACCCAAACCCUUUGACACCUUUAACGCAGGCAGUGGAGAUUGUCAGGGCAGCAGACGUGGCAAGUUAUGCUAAUGGUGGAGGCUUUUCUGGCAAUGAUUUCAGCGCCAAUCAUAAGGGUAGUGUUUAUGAUCCUCGAGGAAGGAAUGCUCAGGAAAGUCCUGAAUUAUGGGAGCUGACAAAAACAUCAACCCAUCAUAAAAGGAAGUCGCAUCGAAAUUCUUAUAUUGGUAAUGAUGCACGUCGGUCGUCCCAAACUAGUGCACAAACUCAACCGCAAGACAAUGUCCAUGACCUUACAAGAACACAUACUACAAAUCACGAUCCAUUACAAUACGCUCGCAAUGCAUCACAUGGAGAAAAUGCAAACUCCCAAUUCCAAUCGAGGUUUUCUGAAAACAAUGAAGAGGAUGGGGAAGAGGAAGUGUUAGCGAGGGAAUUGGAAGAGACUGGUAUUGAUGAGGAUGUUUUGAAUUCAUAUGGGUUAUUCUAUAAUGUCUAUACAAAAGAAGGAUCGACAUUUCCAGAUGCACAGCCGAACCAACAGCCGCAACUGCAAAACACAUAUGGACAAAAUGGAAAUGCGUACGACCAAUGGGGUAGUGAUUUUAUCAUACCUUUUAAUCCAUCUUAA